AUCAUGGGUCAGUGCUACUACAACGAGACCAUCGGCUUUUUCUAUAAUAACAGUGGCAAGGAGCUCAGCCUUCAUUGGCGCCCCAAGGAUGUGGUGGUGGUGGCUGGGCUGGCGGUCAGUGUACUGGUGCUGCUCACCAAUCUGCUGGUUAUCGCAGCCAUCGCCUCCAAUCGACGCUUCCACCAGCCCAUAUACUACCUGCUCGGCAACUUGGCCGCCGCUGACCUCUUCGCUGGCAUGGCCUACCUCUUCCUCAUGUUCCAUACUGGCCCACGAACCGCCAGGCUCUCCAUCAAAGGCUGGUUCCUGCGACAGGGCCUGCUGGACACCAGCCUGACGGCAUCGGUGGCCACACUGCUGGCCAUCGCUGUGGAGCGGCACCGUAGCGUGAUGGCUGUACAGCUCCACAGCCGCCUGCCCCGCGGACGUGUGGUCACACUCAUUGUGGGCGUGUGGGUGGCUGCUCUGGGCCUGGGGUUGCUGCCUGCACACUUCUGGCACUGCCUCUGUGACUUGGACAGUUGCUCACGAAUGGUGCUGUUCAGCCGCUCCUACCUGGCUGCGUGGGCCCUGUCCAGCCUGCUUGUCUUCCUGCUCAUGGUAGCCGUCUACACACGCAUUUUCUUCUACGUGCGUAGACGGGUGGAACGCAUGGCGGAGCAUGUCAGCUGCCAUCCCCGCUACCGAGAGACGACACUCAGCCUAGUCAAGACUGUUGUCAUCAUCCUGGGGGCAUUCGUGGUGUGCUGGACACCAGGCCAGGUGGUGCUGCUCCUAGAUGGUCUGGACUGUAAAUCCUGCAAUGUCCUGGCUGUGGAGAAGUACUUCCUGCUCCUGGCUGAGGCCAACUCACUGGUCAACGCAGUGGUGUACUCCUGCCGAGAUGCCGAGAUGCGCCGCACCUUCCGCCGCCUCCUCUGCUGCAUGUGCUUCCGCUGGUCCAACCACAAAUCUGCCCGCUACUCGUCUUCUGCCCAGACGGGUGCCAGUACCCGAAUCAUGCUUCCUGAGAAUGGCCACCCACUGAUGGACUCCACCCUUUAGCUUCCUUGGACUGAGGCGGGAGACGGGCAGCCAGAGCGUCGCCUGUCUGCACCCCAUGGCCACUUGCAGUUCUCCUGACUCCGUCCAGCCCAGCAGAUGCAUGGCCCUCCAUACUCCCCAAGCCCACAGAUCUGCCUGCCUCUGGGCACAGGGAUUUGGGGACAUCUCCAUGCACAUGGGAGAGCAUCCAAAGGGGCUUGGCAAUCUGACUCUCAGUCAUCUCAGGUUUUAGUUGUUUGGUUUUUUUAACAGACAUUUCAUAGUUUUACUGAA